AAAAGCGAAAUCCCACUAAGCGUCGACAACGUGGUUCCUCGACGGCCGACGUCAGAAUCUCGACACGCUACGUAGACGUGACGCGCAGGCUGCUGCGGUGUAGCCACGCCCCUCCCACCGUCAACAACUGGAUUCCAGCUAUUUGUAUUUUUCGUCAACUAGCGCCGCUAGCCUGCUAACUAUGACCAAUUUCUGUCGUAAAAAACGAGGUAGCCUCGCCGGAUAGACGCGUGUUCGGUGUCGUCUGCCCGAAACCCCCUUUUCCCCGUCGAUGGCUUGCGCCGACGUGCGGUCAACGCGAGCUAAAGGACCGACGAAAGCGGAGCGGUCGCCGCGCACCCCCGUCCUUUAGCCGCCUCUGAAACCAGCUAACGGCUAACCACUAACCCCGCAGCAGACAGCUCGCUAGCUGGCUGGCAGAAAGCUGGUUCGGCUAACUACGUGCCUUUUAAAAAAAAAACAGUAAACCGUAUUUACUCCGCGAAACCAUGAACUGCCGCUGACAUUUGGAGGACCGAGGCCCGGUCGGUUGUCAACGUCGGAGUAACCAGAGCCCACAAAUAGCCGACGGUGUAACGGGUACCGCUGCACGGUGCCGCCUCUGGAGACACGCCGGUGGCCGUCAGUCAACCUGCCGAUGCGACGCUCCUCUUGACCCGCCACAGCUGCCAACAUGAUGCCGAUGAUACUGACGGUGUACCUCAGCGAUGGCGAACAGGCCGCGACCGAGGUGCCCAUCACCCCGGAAACGACGUGCCGCGACGUGGUCGAGUUCUGCAAGGAGCCCGGCGAGAGCGGCUGCCACCUGGCCGAGGUCUGGAGAGGCAACGAGCGAGCGAUCCCCUUCGAGCACAUGAUGUACGAACAUUUACAGAAAUGGGGACCUCGCAAACAAGAAGUGAAGUUCUUCCUGCGGCACGAAGAUUCCCCGACGGAGAGCAGUGAUCAAGGGAGUCAGCAGUCUCAGGAUCAAACGAGUCGCAGAAGUGGAAGCACUGGAGAGAAGCACAGUGAGAACGGGGUGGGGAAUCAGCGCGUUGAGCUCACGCUGUCAGAGCUGCAGGAGAUGGCCACCCGGCAGCAGCAGCAAAUCGAGGCUCAGCAGCAGAUGCUUGUCGCAAAGGAGCAACGCUUGCGUUACCUGAAGCAGCAGGAGCGCCGUCAGCAGCAAACCGUGUCAGAGAGCGAGAAACUGCAGAAGCUUAAGGAGCGCGUGGAGAGCCAGGAGGCAAAGCUCAAGAAGAUCCGGGCCAUGAGAGGCCAGGUGGACUACAGCAAGGUCAUCAACGGCAACCUGUCGGCAGAGAUCGAGCAAGUCAGCAGCCUGUUCCAGGAGAAACAGGCCGAGUUGCAGUCGGCGGUUCUGAGGGUGGAGCAGCUCAGCCUGCAGCUGGAGGACCUGCGCAAGGGGAAGCUCAACGGCAUCCAGACCGCCCUGGGCAGCCAAGUCACCGGCGCCGCCGCCCUGGAGCUCCGCAAACUCUACCAGGAGCUGCAGAUCCGGAACAAGCUGAACCAGGAGCAAAACAGCAAGCUGAAGCAACAGAAGGAUCUCCUCAACAAACGCAACAUGGAGGUGACGCUCAUGGACAAGCGCAUCAGCGAGCUGCGGGAACGCCUCUACAAGAAAAAAGCUGAGGCACGUCAAAAAGAAAACCUUCCCCUGAACAGAGCCAACGGGCCUCCCUCUCCCCAGCCGGCUACCGGUACUCUCGGCCGCGUAGCUGCCGUCGGGCCGUACAUUCAGGUUCCUGUACCGGGUCGACAGGAAGGAGGCUACAACGUUCCACCGGAUCCCCUCAAGCCUCAGACCCUCGGGGUUAACAACCAAGCCAACCACGGCCGCAUCAAGUCAGACGGCGUGCGCAAGCCUCCCGGCCCCUGGAAGGUGUCUGAUUUAGACAUCGUUGUGGACCCGGUGCCCUCGGCCCUUCCGGAAUCGCACCCGGGCACCGCAGCCUCCACGGGCUCUGACGGCUCGUCCCCUAAUGAUUCAGGUUGGCCUACUUUAGGAAAGACCAACGCGUCUCUAAAGCCCCCUGAGAGACGGGACUCUGGGGCUGACACCCAGGGCAAGAGCCCCCCCUCAGGCACCUCCGUCGCUCCAAGUGCAGAAAAGGCUUCUUCGCAGGACGGCAAAAUGGCCGCGUCCUCCCCCGCCAUAUCCAAGCCACAGCCGCCCCCCUACGGCUCCCACCUCACCGUCGCGCACUCGGCCAGCUCCUUGGAGCGGCGCAAGGACGUGCCCCCUCCCCGCCCGCUGCCGAACCCGCCGGCUCCCGCUUGGCCCCGCGUCGCCCCCUCCACGGGCUCCUCCUCCCAGCAGAUCCAGCAGCGGAUCUCUGUGCCGCCGAGUCCCACCUUCCAGCCCAACGCGCCGCUGUUCCCCCCUGGGCUGAGCGAGCGGCUGGACGCCCCGCCCGCUGUGGCCGUGCGCCCCUUUAUCCCGGACAGAGGGUCGCGGCCUCAGUCGCCCCGAAAGGGCCCGCCCACCAUGAACUCAAGCUCCAUCUAUCACAUGUACCUCCAGCAGGCGGCGCCAAAGAGCCAGCCACUCAAGUCUGCCCUCAAAGCAGUAUAUGGGAAGCCCGUCCUGAACCCCAGCUCGACUCCGCCCUCCCCUCUGCCUUUCGUCCAGGCGGGAGGGGCCUUCCCAUUGCUCCAAGGCCCCGCGGGCGGCGAGGAUGCUCUGGACGGGGAACUUGAUGUCCCCGAUUUCUUCCAGCACCCGGAGCCGUUGGCGCCGCCUCCCAGUGUGGAGAACAUCCCUCGACCGCUCAGCCCCACCAAGCUGACGCCCAUGGUGCACUCUCCGCUGCGCUACCAGAGCGACGCCGACCUUGAGGUGCUCCGCAAAAAGCUGGCCAACGCUCCGAGGCCACUCAAGAAGCGCAGCUCCAUCACGGAGCCAGAGGGGCCGAGCGGACCCAACAUCCAGAAACUGCUCUACCAGAGGUUUAACACUCUGGCGGGAGGCAUCGAGGGGAGCGGAGUCGGCGGGUCAGCCGGUGGCAACGGCGCGGGUAGCGGAACGCCGUUUUAUCAGCCGGCUAAUCCCCCCGCGUAUCAAGGAGGCGACUCUGUGACCGACAAAGACAACGGUAACCUCCCCUCGGAGACGCCGGGGGCGGAGCAGCCGGGCUUUGAAGCUCCGCCUCCAUCGACGGACACAAACGACAACGAGCCGCCGGAGAUGGAUCCCGCCGAGGCGGCAGAGGACGACGACGACGAUGACGACGACGACAACAACAACAACACGGGAGGCUCUGAGUUGUUGCUGCCGAGCCCCGUGCUGGAGGCGUCCACGCCGGAGGAGAGCGGCGCGCUGGUCUCGCAGCCCCUGGACAAGCGCACCAACCUGAAGAAGCCAAACUCUGAGCGCACGGGCCACGGCUUCAGGGUGAAGUUCAACCCUCUGGCCCUCCUGCUGGAUGCCUCGUUGGAGGGAGAGUUUGACCUCGUCCAGAGGAUCAUCUAUGAGGUAUGUCACGACCGUGUGGAAAACCCUAGCACCGCCAACGACGAGGGCAUCACGCCCCUGCACAACGCCGUGUGUGCGGGACACCACCACAUAGUCAAGUUCCUGCUGGAUUUCGGUGUGAAUGUCAACGCUGCAGACAGUGACGGGUGGACUCCGCUUCACUGCGCCGCCUCCUGCAACAGCGUUCAUCUCUGCAAGCUGUUGGUGGAGUCGGGGGCGGCCAUCUUUGCCAGCACCAUAAGUGACGUGGAGACGGCUGCAGAUAAAUGCGAGGAAAUGGAAGAGGGUUACAUCCAGUGCUCCCAGUUUCUAUACGGUGUUCAGGAGAAGAUGGGUGUCAUGAACAAGGGCACCGUGUACGCUCUGUGGGACUACAAAGCUCAGAACCAGGACGAGCUUGCGUUCGGGGAGGGGGACGCCAUCACCAUUCUGCGGCGACAGGACGACAGUGAAACCGAGUGGUGGUGGGCGCAGCUGGAGGACAACGAGGGCUACGUACCCCGGAACCUGCUGGGGCUCUAUCCAAGGAUCAAGCCUCGUCAGCGCUCUCUAGCAUAGCGUCUCACUGCACCGACCUCUGGCCGUCGGCUGAACUAGUGACCGAGCCAAGAGCCGAGAAACAAAGGGGCCCCGUGCUGCGCCUGCUCCCCGCGGCCGUGACCUCCCCACAGCCCCUCUUUUGUCUUUUUCUCUCCGAUGCAGCGGGCAAUAAACACUAAGCACACACAUACACAAGCAAAGGCCAAAAUCUGUUAAGCCUGAUCCCGUUCUCUCACACCUCCCCCUCCCCACCUUUCAGCCUGGUGCUCUGUCGCCGCCCCAACGUGAUCUUCCCCCGAGUCAGCGUCGGCUCCGUGUCCGACGUCGACCAGGAGAAUAACACACUAACCCGUGUCUCAGUAUUUUCUCGCAGUGGUCACACUUCUCCGGCCACGCGCUCUGUGGUGAAACUGGUUGCAUGACACUCAACGGCGACCGAAAAAUUAAGCCCCCCCCCCUUCUCCCCCCUGUGGUGAGAUGGUGCUGAUUUCUGUUGGUGAAAUUUGCUUUGAAUUACGGUUCAUUAGUUUUAAUGCAAAAUGGAAAAAAACGGACCCUCAUGCACGAAAAACGAACUAACAGAAAAAACGUGCUUCGUGUUCGAUUUUGCUGUAGUCUAACCACCAAAGAUAAAUAUAGAUUUGACAAUUACCCUCUAAUCAUUAACAGCUCCCAGGGGUUAACGUCCAUCUUGAUAUUGUCACGAUUAAGAAAGGAAACUGUUGUGAAUCCAAAGUGUUAACGACACGGUCCAGUCAGAACAAAUCACACGUAAUAAAGAGGAAUAUAGAUCAUCAGCACACAUCAUUUGAGGACUUGGUUUUUCUCGUCAUUGUUCAGAAUCUGGAUGCAGGGCAAUCCAGUUUUUCUGUUAAAUGGGAUUCCAAGAUCGGUUAAGCUGUGUGAAAAAACUGGAUUUUUAUGUGUGGUAAUCUGAUCUCUGAAGUGAAGAAAUACUGCUGUUUCCAAAAAAGGAUACUGUGAUGCGAAUGGUUGACAAACUGUAUUUUGCGUUACCAAAAAAAGGAUUUCUGUAGGUCGUUUUUGUGUAAAAUAUAUCUCUUACGGUAUGGUUGUCAUUCGGGACUUGACAGUGGUGACACGGGAAAGAAUGGCUCCUCAGACAGAAACGCGAUAGUUUGCUAAGUUUAAAGUCAUUAACAGUAUAGUGUUUUUAAACGUACAAGUUGGUUCUCACUUUGAAGAUUCAUGCAUUUGUUUUUCCUGACUUCCGGCACCGGAUUAGAUUUACAAUCAAACUCGACAACAUGGCAAGACGACCAUGAAAAGGACACAAGUGCAAGAAAAUGAAGGACACUCCAGACACUGUGCUUCUAAACCACUGAAAUCAUCCCUGGAACCGUUACACAAAGUAAUGUUAACAAACCCCACUUGAAACACUUAAUCUCAGGACCAUCGUGGUGCUGCUGACACUGUUCCACCACCAAACUAGUGAUCGUAUUUAUAUUUUCUAUCUCUACCAAACAUCUCCUUCAUUUUAGUAGCGUACCAAACCUACAAGACGCUACAAAAUUUGAAAAAGAAAAAAAAAUAUCUCUCACGGGUAAAAAUGAUUGACGUUAUUUUGUGUGAAAUGUGAAUCCCGGGUUCUCUUCCUCCUUCAGGUAUUCACCAUUCCAGUAACACUCUCACGUGUGUUGUAUGUCUCACCACUUAAAAGUCCUUCAGCCUGUUCUGAACCUGGAGUGAGUGAGUGAGUGAGUGUGAUGCCACGUGUGGCCCAGGGGCUUAAAUCUGUACAUAGUGUGAGGAGACGUGCUGUGUGUUUGCCGUAUGUACAAACGCUGUACUCACAGGUUGAAUUGUGUAAAUGUGAAUAAUAAAACGGAAGCUCUGGCAUGA